AUGCCUCUCGUUGAAGCAUUUUUGAUGAUGCCUAAGCUUGGAAAGUUUCUAAAAGAUGCUAUCUUGAACAAAACCAAAGAGCUACAGGGAAUGUUGGUGCUUAGCCAUGAGUGUAGUGCCAUCAUUCAGAGAAAGUCAGUCCCAAGGAAGCUGUCUGAUCCAGGGAGCUUCAUUCUCCCUUGUGCUUUGGGACCAUUGAUGUUUUCUGGAUGUCUUUGUGACUUGGGAGCAUCUGUCAGCUUAAUGUCAUUUUCUAUAGCAAAGAAACUUAGGUAUAGAGUAUUCAAACAUGCUAAAAUCUCUCGUAUCCUAGCUGAUAGAUCAGUAAGGCUACCUGUUGGGAUGUUAGAGGACUUGCCAGUCAAGAUAGGCGGUUUUGAAGUGCCUACAGAUUUUGUUGUUCUAGAGAUGGAUGAAGAACCGGUUGAUCCACUGAUUUUGGGCAGUCCAUUCUUGGCCACAGCAGGAGCAAUUAUUGAUGUAAGAGGUGGCAUCAUUGAGCUACAACUUGGUAAAGAAAAGCUGAAGUUUGAUAUCAAGGACAAGAUGAAAAAGCCCACCAUAGAAGGACAAUGCUUCGACAUAGAGACCAUAGAUGAGCUAGCUGAUGAGAUUUUGGAGGAGUUAAAUCUUGAGGACCCUCUCCAAAUAGCUCUAACAAAGUAA